AUGGCUCUCCGUGAAAGCGGCCGCCAAUGGCUGUCCGUCUUCUCGAAACCCGCCGUUCGUCCGACAUCACUCGCUCCGAACACCAACGGACAGCGAAGAUGGGCGACGACAAGAUCCCACUUCAAGGAUCUGGAAUCAAAUUCAUCGUUCAACACACCGCCCGCCUCAGCUGAUGUGAUCAAGGGGUACAAUCCCAUCGCGCGCAGCGCGGCGCGAAAAGGACAGCUUCCACGCUCGGGCUAUCAAUACCGCUCCCCUAAACACUACCGCGGGCCCCUCCACCCCCAUCAACCCCCCCCUAAAUCCGACCCCGCCUCCCGCGAAUUCAUCCCCGGUCCCUUCACCUACCCCCGCCUUGAACAAACCUACCACAGCACCAUUGCCCAUGACAUCCUCGCCAUGGAAUACGUCCACUUCCCCCCCGGCCAGGCGUCCCCGGACCACACCCAGCGCCUCCGUCGAUGGGAGGGCGACUCGCCAUACUUCGCGAACCGUUCGCCGCGGAUGCCGCGCGGUGGCCGCCGGUUGAAGCUCGUGAAGCGGCCGACGACGUUCCGUACGAUCCCAAAGGUCGAGCGGGUGACAGUGCAUUCAUUCGUGCCGGCGGCGGCGGACGAUAGUGCGUUUCUGCAUGUGGCAGGGAUGGCGAUCCAGGCGAUCACGGGUGUGCGGGUGGAGUCGCAUCAGUCGAAGCGGUCGGUGUCGCAGUGGGGAUUGAGGGCGGGGAAAUAUGUCGCGGUCACGGCGGACAUUACUGGUGAGGAUAUGUAUGACUUCAUCAGUAAGACGGUGCAUAUGGUGCUGCCCAAGAUUAAGGAUUGGAAAGGUAUCUCGGUGGUCAGUGGAGAUCACAGUGGGAAUGUGAGCUUCGGGCUCAAACCCGAGGCGGUGGCCUUCUAUCCGGAAAUCGAAGUGAAUUACGACAUGUAUCCGGCCAAGAUGAUCCCGGGUUGUCAUAUUACGAUUCACACAUCAGCGACUACGGACAAGCAAGCCCGGAAUCUCCUCUCAGCGAUCGGGAUGCCUUAUGAAGGUACCCUGAAGCGGUACACCUAGUGUGUGUAAGAUACUCUGUACAAAACCUGUGAUUGCAUGUGGGUGGGAGUUUGGGUCAGCGAUUGUCAUAUCUCGGAGGAAGUGUAGAUCAUUGGAUUAUCUAGAGGAUUGGAUGUCGAGAUAGACCCAUUAAGAUUCAUUAUCAACCAGUCAAGACAUGUUCAAGUUCAGGGAUAGACAAGUCUAUGAUGUGACCUUGAAUAUAAUCCCCAAUUCCGAAG